UUGCCUCAUUCCGGAAAUGUAACUGCAGGUUCAUUCUGAAGCAGACAGCUGUAGCUAGCCUCAGCUGAGCUGACAAUUUGUCAACAAUAGUCAAAUUGUACAUGUAAACCAACUUUUUUAAAAACAUAUUAAGGUUUGCCUGGUGUAGCUAGGAGAUCUUUACCGAAUACAAAUCGGCUUUAGUCUUCCUCAAGUUCUCAUCAUUAUCUUUUUUCAGCGUUGUCAAAAUGAAUGUGACACUUGCUGUGAAGCAGUAUAUCUCCAAAAUGAUAGAAAACAGCGGGCCAGGGAUGAAGGUUCUUCUUAUGGAUAAAGAGACGACCAGCAUCGUUAGCGUGGUCUACACUCAGUCCGAGAUCCUGCAGAAAGAGGUCUACCUCUUUGAAAGAAUUGACUCUCAAAAUAGAGACAGCAUGAAGCACCUUAAAGCCAUCUGCUUCCUCCGACCAACCAAGGAAAAUGUUGAACAUCUGAUUCAGGAGCUGCGGCGACCCAAGUACAGUGUAUACUUCAUCUACUUCAGCAACGUCAUCAGUAAGAGUGAGAUCAAGGCCCUGGCCGAGGCGGAUGAACAGGAAGUAGUCGCAGAAGUGCAAGAGUUCUAUGGAGACUUUAUUGCUGUUAACCCACACCUCUUCUCCCUCAACCUCACUGGUGUGGCAAGGGGGCGUAGCUGGGAGCCCGCGCUACUGCAGCGUACGACCCAGGGUCUGACCUCAGUGCUGCUAGCCCUGAAGAAAUGCCCCAUGAUCCGCUACCAGCUGUCCUCAGACAUGGCCAGGAGACUGGGAGAAAGUGUCAAGCAAAUCAUCACCAAGGAGUAUGAGCUGUUUGACUUCAGGAAGACUGAAGUGCCACCUCUCCUUCUCAUCUUGGACCGCAGCGAUGAUGCCAUCACUCCGCUCCUCAACCAGUGGACCUACCAAGCUAUGGUGCACGAGCUGCUCGGCCUCAACAACAACCGCAUAGACCUGUCCCGAGUUCCCGGGAUCAGCAAGGACCUGAAGGAGGUGGUUCUGUCGGCGGAGAACGAUGAGUUCUAUGCCAAUAAUCUGUACCUAAACUUUGGAGAGAUUGGCACAAACAUCAAAAACCUGAUGGAGGACUUUCAGAAGAAGAAGCCCAAGGAGCAACAGAAGCUUGAGUCCAUCUCUGACAUGAAGGCAUUUGUGGACAACUACCCCCAGUUUAAAAAGAUGUCAGGCACAGUGUCGAAACAUGUGACCGUGGUUGGUGAGCUGUCUCGCCUGGUCAGUGAGAGGCAUCUGAUGGAAGUGUCAGAGGUCGAACAGGAGCUGGCCUGCCAGAAUGAUCACUCAAGUGCCUCACAGAGCGUGCGUCGGCUGCUGCAGAACCCACGGCUGAGCGAGCUGGACGCGGUGCGCCUGGUGAUGCUGUACGCACUGCGCUACGAGAAGCACAGCAGCAGCAUCCUGCCAGCCCUCAUGGACGAGCUCAACAAGAAGGGCGUGUCAGAGAGGCACCGCAGGAUGGUAACGUCCAUGGUGGAGUAUGGAGGGAAGAGAGUGAGAGGAAGUGACCUCAUCAACCCCCAAGACGCGGUGGCCAUCACCAAGCAGUUCUUCAAGGGCCUGAAGGGAGUGGAGAACGUGUACACCCAGCACGCGCCCCUACUGCAGGAGACCUUGGACCAGCUGAUCAAGGGGCGCCUGAAGGACAGCCAGUUCCCCUACCUGGGACCCAGCUCCCUGAGAGACAGGCCACAGGACAUCACGGUGUUCAUCAUCGGAGGGGCCACCUAUGAAGAGGCGCUGGCUGUCUACAACCUGAACCGCACCAUGCCUGGGGUCCGGAUUGUACUGGGUGGCACCACCAUCCACAACACCAAGAGCUUCUUGGAGGAAGUGACAUUGACUGUGGCGGCGGGCCACGGCAGUGAGAGGACGCAGAGGGCGAGUGGUCAUCCCAACAGACGCUGAAUGUUUGUUUAAACGGACCCACCAUGGGUUGUGUCUGUUUCUUAUUGGUAUCCUGUACUUUAAUCCGCAUGAAUGCGUUCCACUAAAACAUUCCGCUGCUAUCUGUUAUCACCAUCACACAGUUGUUCUAACUCCAACCAAGUGAACAUGUGACCUAAUUAGACAGCCAGGUUUACCCACCCCUGGGUGCCAUAGCAAUCUGUUCCCUGUGUAACUAGGUUACCGAUGACUGACAGGUGACUCAGCAAAGCACCACACACUUGAUGUUAGUGUCCAACAUCUGAACCUACAUGGCAUUUCCCCUUAAAGAGGAGUUAAGUGGGAAACGGCUGUCUGUUCCUACAUGAGACCUUUAUUAUAUAUGUGGUACAAAGACCUUGAGACUAAAUUCUCAUAUGUUGUGUGAAAAUGUAGGGGAAAAAAAUCUCCAGAUAACAUAUGUACAGUGCAUGUUUGUCUGUUUCUUUUCCCUUCUUUGCCUUUGUACAUUUCCCCAUGCUAUAUAUGUCGUUCAAACGUAAUGAUUUUUAAAUGACUGGAUAUUUUAAGGAAAAUCGCAAUAAAUAUAAAAAGUGAAUACGUUCAUCUUCAGGA